AUGGUGUUCCUUGUUAUUACUGUUAUCUGUUUGUGCCUUUUUUCUGUUAACAGAGAAAGUGUGCUCAGGGCUUUAAAUCCGGAAGGGUUUGACUUUAAUAAAAGGCUGGCCUGGGCUUUAUUUUUAUUGGCAAAAGGUGCUUAUUUAGGAGAUAGUCAAGAAUUAGUGCUGGCUUUCCACUUCCUGUUGUGUUGUGUAGAGUUUGUGAUGCGAUACACUCCAGCUUUUCAACUUCUGCCACCGUUUGAUUCCCUGCGGAUUGGUAACAACAAUCAUGUGGUAGAGGAGGCCUUUCUCAGGAAGUUAUGUGAUCAUUGUAACACCAGUUUUGAAGAGGUGAUAAGUGUAAAGAAGACGUAUACUGACCACUUCAUACACUCUCUCAAGAACGAGAAUGGCCUGUUGGAGAUGGAGACUCUCCUGAAGCUGUACAGCACUGUGUAUUAUAGUCAGAAGGACAUAGACGAGAUGUUACUACUAGACCACGACGAACACUUACUCCCAGUGUAUUCCCAAAUAAAAAGAUCUCCAACACAUAAGAUUAACCCAGAAGUUCAGAUGACACCAAUACGGACGGCGCUCAGCACUGUCCAACAGUUGAAAAAGAUACUCAGCUCAGGGAGAGAGGGACCAAGUGACAAGCUCAAGAUUUUCUUCAAGAAUUGUUCUAAGCGUCCAGAUGAGACAGUAGCAGAUUGUGUAAAGCAAUUAGAAAAGGAAUUUAUUGCCAGCCUGAUUAAGGUGACAGGGGAAAAACACAGGUCUAUAGGGGAGCAGAGGUUCAGGAUGGCUGUCAGACUGUAUUAUAGGGUGAUGGAGGCCCUGCUCACUUCUGAACAAGAACGACUUUCUCAGAAGGACUUCAGCACAUUAUUGAACAAAGAUACCUUCCACCGCUGCCUGCUGGCCUGUUCCACAGAGGUGGUUAUGACAGCUUACGGGGUCUCAUGGAACACAUGUGAACAAGCCAUGAACUCUGAGGAGUCUGACUUUGCAUUUCCAUGGAUUUUGGUCACUUUCCAGCUGAAAGCUUACGACUUCUACAAAGUGUUAGAGAGUUUUAUCAGGGCAGAACCUAAACUCACUAAAGAUAUAAUCAGGCAUUUACAGGGAGUUGAGAAUAGAAUUCUGGAGAGCAUUGCCUGGGAAGAGGACUCGCCCCUGUUUGAAGCCCUGUAUAUGUGUGACGUCACCCAGAUAGCAGGUUCUCACCCUCCUAACUCUGACAACAACAACGUGCAGGGAGCCUCCGCUGCUGAGUUGUGUUUAUCCCCAGUGUGUACCCGUCAGACAACGCCCAUCACACCACCUGGCCAGGUGUCGAACGGUUCAGGCCUCUCCUCCCCCAGCCCCCGUAAGAACCAGGAAUGCAGCCCCAGCCACACGCCUGGUACCUCCCCCAGAUCACCCUCAACCCCAAGACGAUCUCAGUCCCUCAACCUUUUCUUCAAUAAAGUAUGCAGGCUAGGUUACCACAGACUUCAGGCCCUGUGCAACUUCCUGGAUGUGCCUAAAGAUUUGCAACAUAAGGCAUGGACAUGCUUUGAAUACUGCAUAACCCACAAACCCGAGCUCCUGAAAAACAGACAUCUAGAUCAGAUAAUGAUGUGUUCAGUGUAUGCAAUGUGCAAAGUUCAGGAGAAAGAAAUCAAGUUUAAAACGAUAGUGAACAUGUACAAAAAUUUGCCUCAUGCUUCUCAAGAGGUGUACAAGGCAGCUUUCAUCUCUAAUUCUGUGCACGACACCAUCAUUGUCUUCUACAACAGAAUUUUCAUGGUGGCUUUGAAAUCCUACAUUUUACAGUUCUCAGGGAAUAAAUCUUCAACUCCAAUGUUAUCCCCAGUGCCCAAAGCUGUGAAUUCCCCACUGGUAGCAUCGCCAACUUACUCAUUACCUGGCAGGAAGAAUUUCACCGUGUCUCCCCUGAAGGCAUCGCCGUUCAAAACACCUUUGUCCCCCAGCCAGAUGACCCCCAGGACGAGAGCCCUGUACAGUUUUGGUGACAUACAGGGGUCUUCUGACAAGCUUCAGAUGAUCAAUGAGAGAAUGGGCGCCAUCAAGCGGAUCUCCACCCAAACCACUACCCGCAGCAAGAGACUCAAGUUUGAUCAGUGUGAUGACCCCACCCCUAGUAACCAGACAAAUGUGCCCACUGUGAUACCUGUGCUGCUUAAGAAGGUGCCUAAAGGGUUGGUGCCCCCUAAAGAGGCCCUCACUCUCAACACAGCGGACAAAGACAUCAGCUCAGAAAACAUGGAAUCAGCCAUAACAUCGAAAGUUUGUGAUGCGAACACCAAAUAACUGAACCUCAGGGAAAUUAUUGGAUCAUCUUCUAACGGUGUUUUUCGAGAUGUAUACUGAGGAGACC